AUGGACAAGGACAAGGACAGCUAUGGCAUCAGGAGCCAGCAAGACAAUCCUGCUAGCAGGACAGCUGCUGACAGCUAUAUUGUGCGAGUCAAAGCUGUGGUUAUGACCCGAGAUGACUCCAGUGGGGGAUGGUUGCCGCAAGAAGGAGGCGGUCUCAGUAGAGUUGGCGUCUGCAAGGUCACGUACCCGGAGGGCAAUGGAAGAAGUGGAUUUCUAAUCCAUGGUGAAAGGCAGAAAGACAAACUGGUGGUGCUGGAGUGCUUUGUGAAGAAGGACCUGGUGUACACGAAGGCAAACCCCACCUUCCACCACUGGAAAGUCGACAACAGAAAGUUCGGGCUUACUUUUCAAAGCCCCGCCGACGCUCGAGCCUUCGACAGGGGAGUGAGGAAAGCCAUCGAGGACCUCAUUGAAGGGUCAACGACUUCCUCGUCAACGCUUCACAACGAGGCCGAGGUUGGCGAUGAUGAUGUCUUCACUAAUGCUACAGAUAGCUCCUCUAACUCCUCUCAAAAAAGGGAACAGCCUGUGCGAACUCUGGCUUCUCCUGCAUCCUGCGAACAUCGAAGAAUUUGCACUCGUGGACACCUUCAUGACCAUUAUAGCUCUGACCACUACCAUCUAGAACAAUCAGUACCGCGAUCCUACCGGCACGUCAACUUUCCAGACGAUGAUGAGGAGAUAGUGCGCAUCAAUCCUCGGGAAAAGAUUUGGAUGACUGGAUACGAGGACUAUCGCCAUGCCCCAGCACGAGGAAAGAACUUUGAUCCUGAUGACAUGGACUCCUACGUACGUUUUGCCAAAAGCGAGGCCUCAAAACACGAAUACACUUAUCCUUACGUAGACAACUCGGACUUUGACCUGGGUGAAGAUAUCAAGGGUGCUGUGAUAAAGACUCAACCUGUCAAAUUCAAGCCCAGGCGGAAGGAAGAUGGUGAGAGGUCGCGGUGCGUGUACUGCAGGGACAUGUUCAACCAUGAGGAGAACAAACGGGGUCAAUGCCAGGAUGCUCCAGACCGCGUCAAGACUUGCAUCCAUCGAGUGAGCUGUAUGUGGUGCGCAGACACUAUGCUCUAUCACUGUAUGUCCGAUCCAGAAGGAGACUAUACAGAUCCUUGCUCGUGCGACACCAGUGAUGAAAUGUUUUGCCUCCGGUGGAUGGCCCUUAUCGCCUUGUCUUUCAUUGCUCCAUGUAUGUGCUGUUACUUGCCGCUUCGGGCUUGUUACCACUGUGGGGUCAUGUGCAGGUGCUGUGGUGGAAAACACAAAGCUGCUGGAUGACUACAGAUGCAUUCGAAGUGUUACGUUUUUCCUGUAGUUCAAGGAACACGUUGGUUUUGGAGCAUUGAGAUCACUUGU